ACAACAUUACUGGUGAGGGUUCCAAGUUGAGUUUACCCUGGAGAAAGUGAGGAUACUGAUGCGUGCAGGUAUUGUGAAGAGAGAUCUGUCUACCGUGCAGCGAUACCUUGAAUCGCGUGAUAGGGAUUCUCGACUUCUAGAACUGAUAGUUAUAUAUGUAUACUCGCGGGUUCUUACGGCGUCACAGGUCGCCGUCCGAGGACAAUUUCAGUCACUGUCAGUGGGACAGUCUCCUCACUGUGUCAUAAGCAAGGACUUGCAACACACCUGUCGGUCCACUCGAACAUUCGCACACAGAUUCUGAUCUUACAGGCCGCAGAUUCCAGCAAGUGUUAGGAUUGUGUCUUGCAUGAUGUCAGGGGCACUCUCACCACGGGAGUCAGGGAGGUUUAUAGCCGAGACGAGCAAAGAUGUGACAGUCAAUCCUGAUGGUGUCAAGAAAUGUGCUAAAUAUGUGUAUGAGGAGGUGAAGAAGACGGGGUAUGGGGUGAGAUCCUGGAGGGAGAAUGAACUGCACCCUAAAACAAUGGACGAGGCAGCAGUGAACUGGGUGUUCGUGGCGGAUGCCCUCAACUUCUGUUUCUGGUCACAAGACCCCAGCAAGAAGUACUACGUGGACUACAGAGGCAAGAGGCGGACCGGGUACUGGUGCCUGUGUGCAGCUCUCAACAGGGCCACUGAGGAGGGUAUCCACAUCACUGACCCCAACUUUUAUGCCAGCAUCACACAGGAUCAGCUAGCAUCUGUGUUCCGGUCUGAGUCGGAGAUGGACAUUCCGCUUUUUCAGGAGAGACUGGACGUCUUGCACCAAGUGGGUCAAGUCCUCAUACAGAAGUACGAGGGCAGCUUCAGCAACUGUGUCAAGAAGUGCAAUGGCAGUGCCAAGGAUCUUCUCAACCUGAUUGUUACAGAGUUCCCUCCCUUUAGAGAUGAGGCCGAUUAUAAUGGGAAAAGAGUGUCUCUCCAUAAGCGAGCGCAGAUCCUCAUCGCUGAUGUGUGGGGAUGCUGUGAGGGCCAGGGUCUGGGGACGUUCCACGACAUCGACAUCAUCACCAUGUUUGCAGAUUACAGGGUGCCACAGGUGCUGGUGUACUUCGGGGCUCUCCAGUACUCACACGCUCUCCUGGAGCUGCUCCGCAAAGACACCCUGAUGAAGAAUGGUGAUCGUCUUGAGGUGGAGAUCCGAGGUUGCAGUAUAUGGGCUACGGAGCUGGUGUGUGAGGAAGCAAGACGAUUGAAGGAAGCAGACACUGACAGCUCGGACCUACAAAUCAACUCCAUUCUCAUUGACGAGUUUCUAUGGGACUACAGACGAGCUCAUGUUCAGGAAACAGAUUCCAUACCAUAUCACAAAGUCCGCUGCAUUUAUUACUGAUAAGAAACAGAGGAAAGGUCACCUUGACUUUGUGGUGAUUUGUUUGCGCUAUAUGUUCUAUACAUUGUGACAUAUUAGAACAAAGAAACCAGCGUUCUGGAAGAGACACACUGGUUGUUGGGAGCAGACAAAGCCAUAUCCUGGAACAGACUUAAUUGUCGUCAGGCACAAAGCAACCUAUAGAUUUCAGGGACCCUUCCCACAAAGCGAUCUUAGCACUAGGAUGUUGUAAGUCUAUUUUAAAGUGGAGUUGUGAUCAUCUUGGUGCUAAGAUUGUUUUGUGGAAUGGGGCCCCGCAGUUUAAAAAAAUUGGUACAAAAAUGUUUAAAAUAUAGACAGACUAUUAGGGAACUAUUUAACAAAGGCAGGAAGAUAUACAAAUAUAUGUUAUUAUUGUUAUUGCUGUUUACUGAUUUGUGUAUGUAUAAUAAAAAAGUUAUUAUCCAAAACAAUACU